AUGAAAAUAUUGAAUAUCGAUAAAUUAUAAAAUCAAUAAAAUAAUAUAACACAAAAACUUUUAUAGGAAUUUGCAGAUAAGAAUUCAAUAGAAUUUACAGAAUUAAUUAAAUAAAAAUAUGAGGAUAGAUAAGUUUUGAAAUAAAUUAUUAUUCAAUAUGAACCUAUUGUUAAGUAAAUUUAUUAUUAAAAAUCAAAGCAAAAUAUAUGCUGAAGUUUUAGGAUUUAAAAUGCAACAAAUGAAAGACAAUUUAGAUAUUCAAAGUAUAAAUACAAGAGAAUAAGUAAUUGCAAUGAUGAUACAUAUUGAGGAAGUUUUAGAAGAAAUAGAAAAACAUUUUCAGAUUCCUUAUAACAAAUAAUACUUUGAGGAAGCAAGUAAUAAAUUUUAGAUAUUAUUAGUUUAUGAGAUUACAAUUCCAAUAAUUGAUCAAGAUGAGGGAACAAAUAAUUAAGAGUGUUGGUGUAAGAAAUGCACAAUCUCAUGA